CGGAUUCUUUCAAAAUGGCGCCUUCCAGUGGUUCGCGAAGUUGAAAUAUCAAAAUAUUUUUGUUAUAUUCGAGACAGUGGAAGAACAUUUUCUAUCCCUGCAACUAUGAGGGUCGUUGCUUUGAUCAGGUAAUCCUACAUGCAAUAGUUUGGGGAUGUAAAUGUAAAUUUACGUUAAAAAGACACUUGUCCCCUUCUCAUGAGCUCUGUUGCUCACCCAUGUGCGAACUCUCGCUUUCAACGAACUGUCCCUCUUACACCUAAUGCGUAUGCCAGCCAAUCCCAGUUGUGCGUAUUUCUUGUUUUGUAAGGAUAUGGUGUGAUUUGGUUGACGCAUAUACAGGGACAAUGGAACAUUUUUCCAAGGGAGGGGUGGGUUUAGGGGAAGGGGGGUGGGGUUUGGUGCUGACUAAUGACUUGAAGUAGUGAGGCUGAGGGGAAUCUCUUCCUAGUAAGUGUUUAUUGGAUCAUUAUACGUUUCUGGGUAACUGACCACCUACCCAUCCCCUAAAUCAACAUUUUACCCUAAGUAAGAAGUAAGUGUUAAUGUUGGUUUAGGGGAGGGGUAGGUGGGCAGUUACUCAGAUAUGUAGAAUGAUCCUGUGUAUUCUCCAGAAAAAAGCCCUCAGCCUCUCCCAGCUCCACUGUCCCUAGUGACGACAAAUUAUCAAGUAGUGACAGUAUGAACAAGAUAUUUUCUCCUUGAAUGCACUAUAGGGAUCCAGGGGAUCCAAACUUCUUAAUAUGUACCUGAUGUACCUUGCAUCCCUGCCCUGCCCCUUUUUUCUUAGUUUAUUCCCUUUCCUAAACCCUUUUUUGACGGCAAAAUAUCAAGCAGUGUUGUGUACUUUCCCCCUUUUUCUCCUAUUUCCAACCCACUUUUACCUGCCACCUCCUGUUCUUUCCUCUCCCACCUCCCAUACCCCUCUUGUUCCCUAUUUUCCCCUAACCCUAACCCUAAACCCUAACCCAGGUUCCCAACCCCCUGUUUUUCCCCACAGGCUACAACCAGUUACAUGAAGGUUCAUGACACUGUAACGUUGUAGACUGAAAAUGGUGUUUUUCAGACUCUGCAAUAAUUAUUUAUGUUCCUUCCCCCAAUAUCAGAGUUGUAAGGGUUCCAAGAAGGUAUCCAGAGGGAGCAAGGAGUGCUGAAGUUAGAAAAGGUGUUUUUUAUGAUGAUAAUGAUAUUAUUUUUGUUAUUCAUAGGAGACAGGAGAUUCUGGUCUUACUUACGCGGGAUUUUACCCAUGAUAUACUGCUGUAUACUAUUCUGAAAUUACUCUGUUGUGACUGCCCUUUUUUGUUUUGCUGUUUUAGCGGUGGAAAGGACAGUUGUUACAACAUGAUGCAGUGUGUGCAACAUGGUCAUGUAAUUGUUGCUCUGGCAAAUCUCAAGCCUAGUAAUGGAGGUAGAGAUGUUUUCAUCAAUGUGAUUGGCUGUACCAUUCCAUUUUUUGAAAAAAUAAUGGGCAGAUUUAGCGAAGACGACAUAACUUCAAUAUUUAUGGAAAAGUGUGCAGAAAAGACUGAAUGCGAUUUUCAGUGCUUGAUUUGCCAUUGUGCCAUUCUUGGUCGAGCUGGUUCAGAUCUGCACAUCCCAUUGUCACAGUCAUCACAUAGUCUUUGCUAAACCUGCAUCAUAUGAAAAGUAAAGCCCAGUUAUCAGUCAGUUUGCUGGCUAGUUUCCCAUAUGGAAAAACAAAGGCAAAAAAUUGAGCCAAGGCUAAAAUAAUGUGAAUCACAACACAAUCAUCCAGGAUAAGCUUUUGUCAGCCUCCUUGAAUUGUCUUAACGCUUUAUCUCCAAAUAGUGGCCUAAAAAAAUUCAAAUUUUGUUUUGUAAAAUCCUAACUAGUAAAUAGUACUAUGAAAAAAUUCUGCCAAAGAGGUUUUAUUUGAAUGGUAACACCAUACAUGUAGGCUUUCAUCAACAGACUCAAAAGUUAGAGCUACAUACUAAAUAAAUAGUACCAUGUGAAAGUACUGCUGAAGAGGUUUCAUUUGAAUGGUAACACCAUAGGAUUUCAUGCACAGACUCAAAAGUUAGAACUACAUACUAAACUAGGUAUACCUAUCGAUAGAGUGCCAACGAGCAAAUCAUGCAUAUUUUGCUUAGGAAUAAAAUUCCUUUUUUUUCCCAUCUGACCGUUUCUUGGUCCCUUCCUGUUGCAAGGAUUAUUUUCUUGAAAAGUUCUCAGAUUCAGUCUGGUGGCUUUACAAACCUGCUAUGUAAAAGUGUGAAGUGCCUUGAAAGAAUAAAGUCAGCUUUGCAGAGGAAGCGAUCGGGAAUAUUAUUAAGUCCAGCUACAAAUCUACUGUCGGUUCGGUUUCACAUUGUUGAUAAAUAUUUGCACAGUUUAAUCAUUUAAACCUUCUUUCAAAUUUCCCGAGGCUUUUUGAUAUCGGAUUGAAACUUAGAAUGAUUUGCUGGGCCAUCUGAAAUGUUUCCAAGGACAUGCGAUGUACGGCACGUCGGUAUUUAAUUUUAGUUCAUUAUUUUUAUACUGAACUCGGCCAGGUUUCCAAAAAAAAUGGCGUUGUUUUCUUUUCCUUUGUCGUUCGCUUUAGGCUUGUAAUUCGUUUUUGUUCUCAUUGUUUUUGUUUGCUGGUUAGAUUUUUUCCCCAACACCAGACUUUCCAACAGAAGCGACUGCAUUCUUCGUGUCAAGCUUUCCUUAUCUCCUCGUGUAAUCUGAUCCUUUUUAGUGGUGAGAAUAUUGCUUGCUGCACAUAGAACACUUUUGCUGUUUUACAAACUUCUCUUCGUUAAAACUUAACAUUAUGGCCCCUAAAAUUAACAGAAUAUAUCAAGUGCUCAUGUCUCUUGACUGCAGUGGCCAGGUUUGACGAAAAAAUUUAGGUCAAUAAACACAGGAGGUCACGACGGCUGGAAGUGUGUGAAAUUUUGUUUGUUAUUCAAUUUGAGCCCGUGCGCCAGGUACUGCCUUUUGAUUGGUUCACAACUGACCACUUGGUCUCAGGGGAAUCUACAUUACAUUGGAUUACACUUUUUUCAGCUCGAUCGAGAAUUUUUCUGCCUAUUGCCCAGUCUUACGCGGCUCUAUUCUGCUGCCGCCUCGCCAUCCGAGCGUCUUCGCUCGGAUGGCUCGUUGGCAAUAAAUAGUGCCAUGUGAAAGUACUGCUGAAGAGGUUUCACUUAAAUGGUAACAUCAUAGGAUGUCGUCAACAGAUUUUAAUUUGGAAUUUCAAUAUUAUUAAUCAUCUCACCAUAACUCAGCCUUGGGCAGAAAUGGUUAAAUACUCCUCUUUUACCUAGUUAUCCUUCCUAAGCAUCCUUCUUAAAUUUAGUGAACACACCUCUUGCAAUUUAUUCAAUGAUUUUCAUUAUUUCCUUUUUGAUUUUUACGCUGACAGCUGAUGAGCUUGAUAGCUUUAUGUAUCAGACAGUGGGGCACAAUGCUAUUGACCUGUAUGCACAAGCUAUGGAUCUACCUUUGUAUCGUGGCUUAAUUCAUGGAUCAUCAGUAGCUCAAGGCAAAGUGUACACUGAAACAGACCAAGAUGAAGUUGAAGACCUCUACAAACUUCUCAAGAGAAUAAAAGUAUGAUGUGCUAGUGUGUGUUUUAAUUUCCUAUCUCCAUGUUUAGUUGCAAAAGAACGAUUCUUACUUAGGAGCUAGUCCCUGGGAUUUAUGAAACUACAGUGCUGUUACUUAAUAUGAUACACCUAUCAAUGUUAAUGUGGAGGGGGGAGGGGAGGCUGGUCAAAGGCCAAGAGUUUGAACUCGAAGCAAUUUUUGGGUCAAAUGCCCUACCCCAGGGCGGUAUGGAUGUAUUCAUUUGAGUAAGAAUAGAGAGGAGAAAAAUAGAUACCGUGUCAUGUUCUCCUCAGCUGCCAUCUUGCACAUGUGUAUAAAAAAUACCGACAGAUCACGGCUACCAUCGUUGGUUACCUAUCUCCCUGUUAAUGCAGCUGUUAACCAACUAGUAACCAGGUCUUUGUCAGCUUCUAAUCCAAGAUAGCAUUCGUAAUCAGAGGAAAUUCAAAAUUACCCACCCCUGGGACUUGGCGAUAAUCAAAAGUCCUCACCACGGGCCGACUUCCUUUGUCAAAUCCCCAGCCUUUGCCUGCCUACCCUCUCCAGAUUAACACUGGUAGGUGCAUAAUACUGUCUUGUUGUAAAUCAAACUUACAAGUGCAGGAUGCAUUCAUCAGGUUUCUUUCUAGUAUUGAAUGUAGCAUUUUUAUCCAAAUGAUAGUGGCUGAGAGGGAGCUGCAGGGUUGGUAGGGAACUAAUAUAAGAUAUUCAGAGAUGGCAAAAAUGGUUGUUAUUACAGUUUAAGGUGGACUUACAUGUAAGUCUAGCUCAAAAAGAGUUAAAUGCAAUAGCAGAAAAUAUUUCACUCUCCUCUGCAGCCUGUGCCAGGCUCUCAGAUAAUGCAGAAAUGGCAGGAAGAGGGAAGGGAAAAGCCUGUAACAGGGUGCAAAGAAAGUCAGUUUUACAGCCUGCCAUGCUGGCUUUAGUAUGUACUAGCCCACAAGUCAUUUCAACUAGCCCCAAAACCCUUUUUUAUUAGCAGGAUUAAUUACAAUCCUUCUGUUAUUUGAAUUUCCCUGUAGCGUCGAAUGGCGGCACAUGAUAGCCGUGACGAUGAAAACAACAACAAAACGUUUAAUCAUACACGAGGCUGAAUCAACUCACAAGUAUCAUCAUAAAUAUCCGUUAGAAAUCCAUAGCACGAGAAAGAAAAACUGAAACAAACGACUUACAAAACACUUGGGAAACUUGAAGAAAACCUUAGUGAAACUUUAGGUUAUUUCACAGUGGCCUCGUGCCCGCCAAUCCCGAGGCUCCGUGCGCAUGCUCCUAAUAAACAAGGGGGUAAGCCCGCUGGUCAGGAUACCAGCAGUUACAUUCCCCAAGAAACAGCACUUGCCCGUCGGGCAAGUUAAGAACAAAAAUCACUAGCUAGCCUGAUAGCAAAAUCCACUAGCCCUGGGCUAUCGGACACGACUUUCUUUGCACGCUGCUGUAAGCAUCUUUUUAAAUACAGUCAAACCUCUUUAAUACGAACACCAAAGGGACAGAACCAAGUGUCGCCUUUACAGAGGUGUCUGUAUUAUAGAGGUAGCGAAUGUAUGAUUUUUGGCAUCUCUGGGACCAAAGGAACUAUCCGUAAUAGAGAGGUGUCCAUAUUAUAGAGGUGUCCGUAAAGAGAGGUUAGACUGUACCUUAAUCUGCCCACUACCCCACCCGCUUCCUUAAUAACCGUGCCAAAAUGUCAAAUGUCAAAAGGUGCAGUGUAGGAGUAGGGUGCAAAGAAGUCAGUUUUACAGCUUGCCAUUUGGGCAAGCUGUAGGUAUUAUGUUCUAGCCCAAUGGUCAUUCAAACUUGCCCGAAAAAAAGUUUUGAUGAGCAGGAUUGAUUACAGUCCUUCUGUAAUUUGAAUUUCCCCCAAAACUUCACUUUCCCGUUGGGCAAGUCAAGAACAGAAUUCACUAGCCUGAGAGCAAAAUCCACUAGUCCCAGGCUAUCGGCUAUUGGCUUUCAUUGCACACUGAGGAGGGUUUCACGUGGUCAACAUAUUUGUUAUACUCUGCACAUGCGAAGCCAAAACCAAUGGUUGACAUAAGUUUUGAAGUAAACUGUCACAAUUGACCAAUCAUGGGGUAGACUGGGAGCUGGUAUACCGGAAUGAGGUAUUGAAAACAACACUUACAGGCCCCACUACUCUGUGUCUCCCCAGCCCCCAUUCAUUUUUUGCACAACUUUUCUCGAUCUGCUUUUCCCACUAUCUUGGAGCCUGGAACAGGCUAUCCUUUCUGGUGCAGCUCCCCAACUAUUACAUCUUCCCCUCCUCAUGGUAGAUUAAAUGGCAUGUUAUUUUCAAGCAUGAAAAAGCAACAUGAUCUGCGAGUUUAAAAUGUUUGUACAUUGUUGUAGCCCUUCACUUCGUUCAACUUUGAAAUGGUGGACUAUUAGAAAUCAGAUUUUGGUUUCUUUCUUUCUUUCAUUUUAUAGGAGGACAUUACUUUUGAUGCAGUGUCAGUUGGAGCAAUUUUGUCUGAUUACCAAAGGGUUAGAGUAGAGAAUGUGUAAGCUGUGAAUUUGUGUCUAUUAAGAGUGAUUCAAUAGGUCUUGAAUGAGGGAUUUGCAGAAAAAAAGGUCCUAAUUGCUUCCUUUUCUAAUGUUACAUUCUUCCCCUGAUUCACAUGCAUUUACUAGGUAAAUUAGUGCAAGGCCUAAAACCAAACCAAACUCAUUAUUUAGAGAGGUGAAAUUUGUUAAUUCCAACCCGUGAUAAACCUGCAGCCCUCUUAGUAUCGCCAACCACAGGGUUCUCAAUAGAUUUUUAAGGAGGAGGUGAUCACUGAUAAAGUAGGAGGCUCUUCAGCAAAGCCAGAGGUGUCAAAACAAAGCAAAGAAAAGCGACUUAAACACAAAGUAAGCGGCUAUAAAUCCCAAAGUAAGCGGCGAUCAAUCGCCGGGUGCCGCCUUCUAUUGAGAACCCUGCAACCAACUGGAGACACUUUCCAGAUCAAAUUGGAAUUUGGACAUGUUGGUUUUUAAGGUGAGAGGAAAACCAGAGUACCCAGAGCAAUACCUCUUGGGCAGAGAAGAGAUCCAGCAACAAACUAUAGUUUGUAUGACAUCAAUGAUCAGCGUGCAAAGAAAGUCGUGUCUGAUAGCCCGGGGCUAGUGGAUUUUGCUGUCGGGCCAGUGAUUUUUGUUCUUAACUUGCCCGAUGGGCAAGUGCUGUUUUUUGGGAAAAUUCAAAUUACAGAUGGAUUGUAAUCAAUCUUGCUAAUCAAAGGGUUUUGGGGCUAGUUGAAAUGACUUGUGGGUUAGUACAUGCAAGGUACAGCUUGCCAGAAUGGCAGGCUGUAAAACUGACUUUCUUUGCACCCUGAUGAUGAGACUUGAACCCCAGCCACAUCGGAUGCAGGCAAGUCCUCUCGCCGCUGUGCAAUCCCUGCUUCCCCAUCCUUGCCUUAAGGUGAACAGGAAGACAUCUAGCAGAUUAUCAAAUGGUAUGCAGGGCUUUAGAUUGUGUAUCAUUGUUGUGGUAUGGUCAGGGCAACAAGGUUUAAGUUCAAACAUUAUUUUUUUGUGUGAUUUUUCUCAGCUGUUCCAGAUUAGGACUGUCUUCAUUAGCUUACCUUUGGAGACGUGACCAACAAGAGCUGCUUAGUGAAAUGAUCUCUUCAGGAAUUGAAGCUGUUUUGGUCAAAGUUGCUGCAAUGGGUAUAUAAAGUCACUUUUUGUUUUAUUUUGAUACAAAUAACAACCUCACGAUUUAUUAUUUAUUUGGCAUUAUUUUUUUGUAUAGGGUCUUAAGCAUAGUAAGUUGGUGGGAUAAAGCCUUAGCUUACUUCUUAAAACACGACUUUGACUUUUUUGCUCCAAUAAGACAGGUUUUAACAAACAUUUUUAAGACUGGUGUUAAUACAUGUAAAACCUGGACUGCAGGAAAGUCAAUGUGUUUACUAAAAACAAUUUAAACAGAGCACCAAAGGUAAAGAUUAUUUUAUUUUGUUUUUAAAAGUCAAAAAGAGGUUAAGGGUUUUUUUUAUUGUGGACACUACGCUUAGCUUAUCCAACUAGUUUACAGGCACUCUACUCUAAAAACCAUAUCUGGCAAGAUUCAAGCAGGGCCGAGUUGUUUAAAGCCGGGUCAAGGUAACCCAGGGUUAGUGUGAAAUUUGAAUUCAGAUUAAAAACCAAAUUCAGCUGUUUAAUUCUUUUUGUCUACAAUAUGAUGAUUGGAUGAUCUUAAAAGAAUAGAGAAAAUUAUCCGAGAAAAUGCUUUCCAAUAAAACAAAAAGAAACCCGGAAUAAAAUUUAACCUCAGGUUAGUACUAAUGGGCCUUCUAACAACUGGGCCCUUUUGGCUACAUGUAUCUACAAGCAAGGCUGAGGAUUUGAACUCGGGAUAGGUGAGAAAAAUCUAGCAAGUGGCCAGAGUGGGACUCAAACCCAGGAUUGCCGGAUUGUGAGUUUGAAGUUUAAUGCCCUGGCUACUCAGUCAUGCUGUCCCCAAACCAAUCACUGUUUGUGUUAAUACAUGUUAAUGAUUUCAAUUAUUGAGAUCUUAUCUUCUUAAAAAUGUUUAGUGAUAAAGAAGUACACCAUGAAAUUGUUGUGAUUUCUGUUUUCUUUUGAAGAUCUUAAUCCACACCAGCAUUUAGGCCUGUCCAUAUCAGAAGUAUAUCCUCUUAUGUGUAAACUGGUAAGAUACUGACAACUUACAUGUGUGAUGGAGUUGUUUUUAUUGAUUUGUCUCAUGAACUGUUGGUUGCAAUGUUUCAACUGUGUGCUGUUGGUCUUCAACAGGCAACAUUGUCCAUUAACUGUGUGUAAGGCCAUGUCAGGGAGGGUAAAAUUUUGAUGAGCAACAUGGCCAUUGGACAGCUGAAAUGGCAAUAAAUGACUCAAAGAUGUGUUGAAACUAUGAAAAACUACUACACUGUAUACUCUCUUUUUUUUCUGUUUUCUUGUGAAACACACAGAGAAUAAUUAUGUAGUACACCAGAGCAAAAUCUGACAUAGUUAAUGAUUUACUGUUUCAUUUAUUUUAGAGAUGGAUAGCAGUUAUCCAAUCCCAUACAUUUGCAUGUGCUGUAGCUCAAUUUUCUGUUGUGUUUUGAUACGAUUGAACCUCCUGGUGUGACCACCUCCCAUAAGCAACAACCUAUCCAAAACACCACAGUUUUACCAAACCAAGCCUUGUCAUUUAGAACCUUUCAUAAAUGACCAGCUCUCUUACGCAACCGCGACCACAUCUCGGUUGACAGUUUUUCGAUUUUCCAUUGUUUUGAUGUCCUGAAUGCAACCAUUUGCAUUUACUGUAUGUACAACCCAGCUCAGAGUUUUUGAGGUACAUUCAGUGACAACAUGGCCCAGCUCAUAUUAUACCAAAGAAAUAUAUUGUUCGCAAUAAAUUCUCUUUCCUGUUUCUAGUCUAUACCCUGUGGUAUGACUCUUGUAAGCACUAAAACAACAAUCUACACAUUUUGGGUGGUUGUUGGUACGAGUGGUUCAAAGUUAUGAUUAUUUCAUGUCUUUUAGAACUGCAAGUAUGGCUCAAAUGUCUGUGGUGAAGGAGGAGAAUAUGAAACCUUUACAUUAGACUGUCCAUUGUUCAAGAAGAAAAUAAUCAUGUAUGUGUAACCAAUACCUCAGGUAGUUAUUUAAGUGGUGGGAAGAUUAUUGUUGAUAAUUAUUAUGUAUCUUAUCAUGAUAGCUCUUUGUUCACAUAACUUUUGAGCCCAUGAAUGAUUUGUUAUAGCUGAUGAUUCAAGUGAAAGCUACUGAGCAGUGCUUUCCUAUGGUACAGUGUAAUAUACUGUUUAAGCUGGUUCUAACUAUUGAGUUUUGGAUAAAAUCCUAGUGUGUAAUUAUUUAAAAACUACUGUAUACACAUGUAAUGUAUUUUUUGCAGAGAUGAAAGUAAAGUUGUCAUUCAUUCUGAUGAUGCAUUUGCUCCUGUUGGUUUUCUUCAAUUCAAGAAAAUGCAUUUGGAGGACAAAGAACAGGUUUCUAAUACCUAUUUUGGAUAUUUCCAAAAGUAGCCUUUCCUUAAAAAAUCUUUGUAGGUUGAAGAUGUUGUUGUGUUAUUAGGGAGCGUAAGCAGCAAUGAUGAUGACCAGUGUUCAAUGUAGAAAUUAGUCAAAGUGGGUCAUAUGUCCAACAUGGCAUUUUAAAUGACAAAAUAACCUAUAUAGCUAGUCAGUGAUGAAAUACAGAAAAAUUCCCACAGAAAUCAUUGAUACUACAGGGUAUAAUCUAUUUUUGGGGGGAAAAAAUGGGCCAAAUUCCAACUAAAGGGCAGAAAAGCUCAAUAUUCAAUAUUACUUGGGAGAUUUGGUGACCGGCACAGUAGAUCAGGAAGUUAAUACAGUAUCUGGAAGAGUUGGUACAUUAUGCAUUUGUUUAGGGGAGGUGGGUGGGGGAAAGCUAGCUUUUUUUUGUUAUGGAAGAUGAUGUGUCUAAACUAAUAAUAAUUUUGUCACCAGCAGCGCUAGUAAUAUUGGUUUAAAGCAAAGGAAGUCACUGGGCAUUGCUAAAGUACAGUCUUUGAGUUUUGUAAAAUAGUUCUAUAAUUAUUUUUUAUCUUUUCUAGGUCAGCUCAGCAUUUCUUCAAGACAACAGAUGUGUGGAUGAUUUUGGCAAGUUAGAAAUAGAGGUAGAUUCUGAGUAGAAAAAGUAAAAUGUGUCAGUAAACAUGUUCAAAUUAUUAUUGUAAGUAAAAGCUUAAUUCCGCAUAAAAAGAGCAUAUAUUUAUAUGUUGUACAAUGUAAUUUAUUUUUUAUUUCAGUUAAUUUUUUUUUUUUUAAAUUUCUGGGUAAUUUUUCAAGGGACUUGAAAGCCUGCAUCCUUAAAACUGACUUUGCAAUCUUGCGGUUUCUUGAGCUUUGAGAAAGACAAAGCAUGUCAAUCAAUCUUAAUUAUAUUGCAUGGGAAAACAGCCUUAAGUUAACCUGAAAUAAAAACUUAUCAGUUCUUUGUGAAGCUUUAUUUUACUUGAAGUAUUUAAAAUUUACUUGUCUUGAAUUAUUUCUUAGCUUAUUUAGGCUCUGGUGUAAAAGACCACCAUUGACAUUCAAUUUACAGCUGUUGAAGGGGUGUGGGUCAAAAAGGCGAGACUUACAGUGUAGUUGUAAGGAUAAACUAACAUUUUUUUCUUUAAUAAGACAGGUAAUUUAAAUGGUGCUGAGAUUCCUAGAGCUCUCAGAAAAGGACUGAAGGUAAAAAUCCCUGUACAAUCACAAGGACCCGAGAAAGGUAAGGGAAAUUUGUUCCUCUUACUCUCAAAUUCAGUCAUAGAAACAUGAGAUCAAUUUAAGUUUUCUGGGAAACUACCCACCUACACCUCCCCUGAGCCAACCCAACAUUUUGUCCUAAUUGAGAAGUAAGUGUUAAUGUUGAGUUAGGGGAGGGGUAGGUGGGUUGUUUCCCAGAAACCGAAAGUGCUCCGAAAUAUGUACAGAAUUGUUCCUUCUUUGAGUCUGUGGAUAAAAUUCUAUAGUGUAACCACCGAGUGCUACUGAGCAGUGAAUUUGUGGUUCUAUUGUGUUCAGAAUUUUAUUAACAAAUGUAAUAAAAUUAUUUUAUUAUUGUGUUACUCUAGAAAAUAUCCAUAUUUCCCUGUUGAGGAUUUUUUGCUUCACCCCACCCCAUCCCUCUGGAAAUUCCAGUUUUAAUUUCUACCUCUGUUGAAAAAUUUGGGACUUUAAGAACCACAUGUCUGAAUUUUUCCCACUCCUAGAUCUUAUCAUUAUUUAUUAAUAAUUAUUUUGCUUUUUAAAUCUAUGGAGAAAAUCAUAUGGUGUUACCAUUCAAAUGAAAACUCUAUGCGAAACUUUUGCAUGCUACUAUUUAAUUCUUUGGAUUUUACUUGAGGACAUUGGAACUUUGUCUGAAUUUCUUGUUUUUUGGCUACUACUGGGAGUGAAAGUGUGUAAGUUUUUUCUUUGACUCUCAGUUGUUAAAUCUGUUUACUCGACAGGUCAGAUGUCUUACAGUAAGUGUGGUGAUUAUAUUUGGAUUACUGGAAUUUAUGGCCAUUGCACUGUUGAAGGGAAAACACUAUCUAUUGAAGAUAUUACAAGAUCAGUCCUACAGAGUUUGUCUGGUAAGUAGCUCAGUGAGUAGUGUGUAGAUGUCUUUCAACAGUUUCCAGCAUUUCUCUGCAGUACUACUUUCAUGGAUCACUUUUUCUAACUCUUUCGCAGUUGGCACUGCUAUAGUAAUCAUGCUUAUUUAACAAUAAAAAAUAAUUCAAGACACCAAACACACAUAAAGUAUAAAUAAAAUUAAGGGUGUUUUCAACAGUUUAUACUGUUGCUAUGGUAAUUACAUCACUGAUUAUGAUUUUGGUGUACAUAAUGGGCCCCACUUUUCAACUUUUCUUCUUUCUAUAUGACAAGCAUUUUCGGGGUUGAAAUAAUAUGCAUGAUAUAAUUAUCUUUUUCUCGCCCCCUUAUUUUAUUCAGUCUUUUGCCUAAGCACAACCCCCUUGUCAAGUAGAAUGAACCAUUUUCAAAUAAUUUUAUUUUUAAAAAUAUGAUAAUAAUUAUUAAAGUUAGUUACUUGGUUAGUACAUUCUAAAAUAAUUAUUCAAACUCAGAGGGAACCACAAGAAACUUUGUGUCUGUUUUGAUUUCCAUAGAGAUACUUAGUAAUUUGAAAGCAAGCUUGAAGAAUGGAUUAAUAAUUCAUGUGUUUGUGAAGAACAUGGAUGACUUUGCUCACGUCAACUCAGUGUACAGAACUUUUAUAACAGUUAACCCUCCUGCAAGGCAAGUCACAGCAUAGAAAACAUUUAUCUGUAUUUAAAAGUGUUCUUAAUGAUAGAAAUUGAAAAGAUUUCCUGAUCCCUUUCAGGUUUCCUCAUGAAAUGGCAUCUGAGGAACAAUCAUAGCAAUUCCACACUGGUGAUGUGCCACUACCCCAGAUUUGCUUCGGACUGGUUGAAGCAAAUAUCCAUUUUCCCUUGUGGCACAAUCAAUCAGAAGCACUACCCUGAUCUGGGUAUUGACACACCAUCAUUAUGGAAUUUCUGCUCUGUUUUUAGCAGGGAAACCAGUGUUGGCAUCUUAAAAUGUCAGCUGUGUUUUUAAGCUAGGCAUUUGUUUGCCAUCUUGGUAGCACCCACCCUAAAGAGUACCUGAAAAUGGCUAUACAGAUAUGUGCCACUCAACAAGGUCGGGGUUUUAGGACUCCUGGGGCCAUGACCGUCAUCAUUUGAUGGCAAGAAAAACCAAAAGUGGUUUAUGUUAACUGCAAAAUGUCAACCGUCACUGCUGCUGCAAACUUCCUUGUAAUACAUUCAUGUAAGGUGUGAGUGAGAGAUCUGUAUGGGCAUUUACACUUGCAACCCAAAAGUUACACCUGACCAUUGUAACGGCCCACACAGAUUGUUAAAUGAAACAAAGAGUUUAGAUCUGUAUCAAUAGUUAGUGAGUACUAAUUAAUAACUUAGUAGGUGUUGACAUCAAAAGUUGAUUGUACUGUUUAAUUAUUUUAUUCAUCAAGCCAGUUGAUUUGUUUUGGGUGUGAGUAAAAAACUAGCUAUUGAUUUGCUAUAACUUGAAUGGAUGAUUAAUGAAUUUAUAAGUAAAAAUAAAGAGUUUGGUGAGGACUGAACUUCAGUCAUCGUGAAUGCCAAAUCCUCCUAAUACAAUAUUGUGGUCCACAUUUGCAGGUUUCUUAUAUAAUAUUUCAAUAUAUAUUAUAUUUUUUUACUGUUGACUUUUUGUUUCAAGAAGACUAUUAAAUUAUAUAGUCAAAUCCCAUUGGUACGGACACUGAGGGGACCAUAGAAAGUGCCCAUAUUCAAGGGGUUGUCCGUAUUAUAAAGUGGAUUGAAUUUAGAGAAAAUGUAAGGGCUUUCUUUCCCCAAGGACAAAACAAACUGUCUGUAAUAGUAAGGUGUUCAUGUUAACCCUUUAAGCCCUAACAUACAGGUACAAAUUCUCCAAAGUGAUCUACGUACAUUUCCUUUAAGAAUUAGUUGAGAGAAUUUAAUGAAAGAUCAAGGCAUUUUCUCUUUAGUGAUCAUUUUAGUAAUUCUCCUAACCUUAUCUCUUGAAAAUGUAUGGAUAAUGUUAGGAGAAAAUUGAUAUUGGUCACUAUUGGGACUUAAAGGGUUAAGUGGGUGUCGGUAAAGCAGGGUUUGACUGUACUUCAUUUGCUUUACAGGGCAUGCAUCCAGCUAAACCUACCUGACGACAUUGCCAUGCAGGUUGAUUGUCUUGUUUAUAGCCCUAGCAACAGAGAGGCUUCAUCACGAGAGGCUAUGCAUGUUCAGAGCAUUUCUAAUUGGGCUCCUGCAAAUAUUGGCCCUUACAGCCAAGCAACUAAGGUAAUAAGAAGGGUCAUAUGUGUAGAGCUCUAGGUCUUUUACGGAUCUGUAGCUUAAUUGGGAUUGUGAAAGGUUUGAACCCAGGAGUGAUAGGUAGGUGGAGCAUGAUUGUCUGGGCAAUCAUAGUCCUGAAUAGGACUUUCGUUGGCAGUGACUGACGUUUUGACAACCUGUGCAGUUGAAGCAUUCGAACUCUGCACAAGCCUAAAUUUUAUAGCUGCAAUGAUCUUCUUUGCAUUUAACUCUUGUUGCCAUUGAUUUCUGUAAUGAUUAUUGAUUAUUGACUAGGGGUAUACAGUGCAAUAAUGUUGUGUUUGAUUUGUCUAGUAGAUUAAAGACACCUUGUUUGUCUCUGGUUCUAUUGGCUUGCUGCCUGCAACUAUGACAAUAGUGUCAGGUGGAAUAUCAAAAGAGGCACCUCUGUCUUUGCAACAUGUUGGAAGAGUUAUAACUGCCAUGUCUCCUGGGGAAUCCCUUAGAAGUAUCAUUCAUGGAUUUUGUUUUUUGACAUCGGCUGCAUAUGUGUCCAUUGCUAAAAAUGUUUGGUGUCAAGCACCAAAAGUAAAGGUACUUUAGGGCCUAGCUCUAACCCUAACCCUUAUGUUUCUGAGAAACUGCCCACCUACCCCUGCUCCAAGCCAAUAUUAACACGUACUUCUCACUUACGGCAAAAUAUUAAUGUUGGCUUAGGGGAGAGGUUCCAGGGUCAGUUGUAUGCUUAUCUUAGUUUGCUUUAUACUCACCAGAUAACUUGCCUGAGCACUUGCCCAUUGGGCAAGUGAGCAUGAAAAGUUUCUUGCCGUUAAGAAAUUCUACUUGUUCUAGACUACUGGACAGGCUUUUUUUUGGAGCCCUGUGUGGUUAUUGGUAAUGGGUGCAAAUUGAUCCUCACUCAUGUCUUGAUGUGUUAACUGAGUUUGUUUGUAUAGACCACAGAGAAUGGGGAACAAGAUUUGGAGUCCCAUGAGGGACUAAUAUCGUACAUCAUUGUCCCUGCUCUACCAAAAGGAGCCCUGGUGGAAUGGCAUGUUGUGGCACAAGAGAACCAUAUCCAACAUACAUGUAUGUUUUUGAAGUGCUAAGUGCAGAAAUAAUAGUAAUAAUGAUGGUGAUGAUGAUGAUAAUAAUAAUAAUAAUGAUAAUAAUAAUCUGUUUCCAAAGUAUCCAUUUCAUGGAAGAAAUGUGUGAAGUUUGUCAUCUUUGGGACCCAAGAAUCCUGUAUAUAUAUAUGUUGCACGCCAAAUUUGAUUUCAGGUUAAAUUGUUUUAACCUAGGUUGAUUCUCAAUUUCCUUUGUCUCUUAGCCCUAAGAGACAAAGGAAAUUGAGAAUCAACCUGGGUUAAAACAAUUUAACCUGAAAUCAAAUUUGACCUGUAACACAUACAUGAUUACUGUUAUCAGUAGCAAUAAUGUUCAAAAUUGAAUAGAUGACAUUCUGACAGUUGCUUUUCUUUAACAUAGAUAAUUUCACAUGCACAUCAAGGCAGAUUUUCAGUGUUGGUGUACACAGUUUUGCUGUUGAGGGAAAUUGUAACAACAGCCUAGUUGUUAACCUUGAAGUUGGUAUGUUUGAUGUAUAGAUUCCAUUUCUAUUGUUUCAGAGAGGAAUGUUGCUUUGUCGUAACUUGCACAAUUCUUUUGCAGGGCAGAGAGUCUGUAUUUUUUAGAUUUGCAGGUUUGAAUAAAGUCCAGUGACUUGACUCAACCCUUACCCAAAUAAUGAGAAUUAUUCGUCAUCAGUGGUACAUGAAAUUAAACUCAGAACUAGAGGAUCACAAAACAGACAUUUUUUCUCAAUAGCCGAGAGUAACCCACAAAGAAGCGGCUGUACUCUGCAGUAAGAGCGAUGAUACUAUUCUUGGGACUAAUUCUCUCCCACCAUGUUUGACGUUGAAACUAACAGGGAGUUGGGGCGAGUCAAAAAAUGAUUUCAAGGGAGAGGAUGAGGGUUGAAAAUAACAGAAGGGGGAGGGGGAGGGUCAGGAAAGGAAAAAAUAUGCCUCCACACAGCCAUUGUUUGUUCGGCAAACCCUACUCUGAUGGACAGAGGCUCUGAUUGAUGCGCUUUCAGAUUCCACUGUUCAAUUUCUUUCUCCUCUUUGUCCCUCCCCCCUUGCCCACCCCCUCACCCCUUAGUUUUAUAUUGUUUUAAAAAUGGGGACCACCAUCACCACUCAGUGCUGUGUACAUUUGUCAUUUUUGUGUAGGAUUGUAAUCAUAAUAUUCAACAGGAACAAACAUGAAAAACUGAAUAUUUAUCAUGAAGUUGUUUUUCCUUUUUUUACUGGUUUUAAAGUCUCAAUUGUGAGAGUAGAGGUCAGACUUGCUUCCAUUAGCUUGACAUGUUUCCUAGUGGUGUGUGACAGCACAAAGCACAAAUCACAGCCCCACCCCUCCUCUCCACUGUUACCCAUGCCUGUAUUCACAAUGUCCUUUGUGCACUUUACAGAAAGUGAAUCAAGUGAAUGCAACUUGGAGGAAGUUAUGGAGACACUUAUGAGCGAGUUACAAUGUUGCACCUCACAACACAGCAUGGACAUUAGUGAUGUGAUAUACAUGAGGAUAUUUUAUGUCAAAGAUGUCCUGGACCAUUGGGGGGCACAGGACUUCAUACACGUGUGCUUUGAGAAGGUGACAACUAGCGCGCCUGCUGUUUCUCUUACACCUGUGGAUGGUCUUGAAAAGGAGAACACUUUUAUGCUUGUUUCUUGUCUUCUUCAAAGAACAAAGGAGGAAAUCCAAGAGUGA